AUGCUGAGGCGGCUGUCGAGCUCAUUGCAUGCUCUCCGACAACAACUCCAUCAGGGCAAACUCGGAACCCACGUUGGUCUCGUGAAGCUCUCAAGCUGCGACCGCCCGAACGUCUUCGCUGAAACGACAUUCGCUGAUUUCCCUCUUGAUGAACGGCUUCGAAGAGGAUUGGAGGCUGCCCUCGGGAAGUCGUACGUCACGCCAGUGCAGCACGAGGUUUUGUCCCGGCACCUGCCAGACAAGGAGCAAAGCGCCCGGCAAGCUGACCUACUGCUGCAGGCUCCGACUGGCACGGGUAAGACAAUCGCCUUCCUGCUGCCAGCGUUGCAGCGACUCCUCCUUCUGGAGGAUGCCAGACGAGCUGGAAAAGCCGCGCCAGAGGGCGUCCUGACGCUGGUGGUGGCACCGACAAGGGAGCUCGUGCUGCAGUCAGCCAAGGUCGCGAGCCGACUCUUGCAGUUCAGCGGUGGCCAGGUUCGGAGCUCCUUCGUGGCCGGCAGCUUUUCUCUUGAGGAAGACAUCAACCGCCUCAGGGAAGACAUGCCGCAGCUUCUUUUCGCAACUCCCUGGCGUUUGGCGCGUCAUCUCCAAACCACGCCGCACUUUGUGAGUGCGUUGCAGUCAGUGGACCUGCUGGUCUUAGAUGAAGCAGAUCGUCUGCUCGACCCAUCUUUUGUCUACAAGGUGGACUAUCUCAUCCGGUGCCUUCCAACUCCAAGGCCCCGAAUGGUUCUUUGCUCAGCCACGUUCAGCGAGCCCCUGCGCAAGUUCGCCAUUCGAUCACUUCGAGCGAACCUGGAAGUGAUCCGCCUGGGCUCGAAGGAGCCCUCUCCUGGACAGGCGAGCACCGAAGUCGCCGAAGUCGCAGCUCCUGUGCAACAGGUACUUGUCCGGUAUAAGGCCGAGGAGUUCCUGACCACUCUUCAUGCCACACUGGAGCGAGAGAUGGGCCAGGAAGGGCAAAUGCGCCGGGUGCUGGUGGUCUUUCCUACAGUGCGCUGGCUCCAGUUCUUCUACGUCCUUCUAAAGCAUCGGGCCCACAUGUCCGGACUUUUCGCCUUGCAUCGAAGCCUCUCCGAUGAUCGGCGCCGGGCACGAGCGCUUCGCUUCUCCAAGGGCGCUCCGGCGAGCCGGGGUGCGUUGUUCGCGACGGACCUGGCCUCUCGGGGCAUGGACUUCGAUGUGCACGCGGUGAUCCAGGUGGGCCCUCCCAGCGACCGUGAGCAGUACGUCCACCGAGCCGGCCGAACAGGACGGCUUGCAUCGCAAGGGCGAUCUGUGCUUUUGCUCAACCCCGUGGAGCUGAUGGUGCUGAAGGAACUGGGAACCUUCGAGGAGGAGCAGGUGCAGGCCUCCGCCUGCUCUCAUCAAGCGCUGAGCAGCAUGCAUGGUUGGUGGGAGGAUGCCAGCUUGUCGGCCUCCGGUCACCUUUUCUUCGCCAGCGCGAUUGCAUUCUACUUGAAUGAAAGCCAGCGUCUGCGUGCCAGGGCAGUGGAUGUGGCACGGCUGGCCUGUGUUGCGCAUCACUACUGCUCUGCAGAGGUCGUCGUGAUUCGCUUUGGAGCACACAUUGUGGCAGGCCGUGCGGGAAGCCUCGACAGCUCCCUUAGCCCCGGACAACAGCAGAACUUUCUAGGAAACACAUUGGACAUGACUCUGCACACCAAGAAAGCCAACAAUGAGCAAGAGAGCUCAACAGACAAGGAUCUGGUUGGGCCCUCGCCAGUGGCCAGAGCCCUGCGAGCGCUUUGCAGGGGAAUGGAAGGCCACCCGACAUGGGAGUACCGCCUCUGGACGGACGAUGAUGCCGGGGAGGAGCUGAGAGGUCAUCCGGGCCUCGCCAAGGCCUAUGAGGCAGCUGACAAUCCCGCAGAGAAGAGCGACAUUCUCCGUUUGGCAAUCAUUCUUCGUCAUGGUGGUUUGUACGUCGACGUGGACUUCGAGUGCUUGAAGCCUUUGGAUGUGCUGCACAGCCGAGCCUCAUUCUACUGCGGUCUCUCGAACGUCGGCGCAGUCGAGGUGAACAACGGCCUCUUCGCUGCUACCGCGGGGCAUCCGCUGGUUUCCUACCUUUGCGAUCAUCUGGGAAAACCGUGGCCUGAGUGGGGACAGGACGAUGUUGACCCCAAAGAGGCUGUCGCAUAUCAGAUCCAGAGGUCUGGAAUGCUAGAGAUGCCAUCUCUGCAGGCUGGUGGCCAGGCCGCGUUUCUUGCCACCACCGGACCGGGAUUCUUUACCCGUGGCCUUGUCAAAGGCUUGCGCUUGCUCAGAGGUCAGCGAGACCUGGGGCCUAUGUUGGUGUGCCCACCGGAGGUUUUCUAUCCUUUGCCCAAUACGGAGCGGGGAGUGCCUGAUGCGGAGUUUAGGAUGCCGUCCUCGCUGGCGGUGCAUCAUUGGUUCAGGACUUGGAGCGAAGCUGAGAGAACGGAAGCAGAAGAGAACACCGCGGUGCUGAAAAGAAGUGGGGCCUUCCUUCAGAGCGAAGGGCGCAAUGAUGGCCUGCCGUGGCGGAGGCAGGCAGACGAUGUGGAAGGAUUCCUCGCCUUCCUGAAUCGCUCUCGGCAAAGGUACGAGGAGGCUAUACGGGAGGCCGAAGCCGAGAAGGUGGAGGCUUGCGCAUCUCCCUUCGAGUGGGCGUGCGAAGACGAAGAGUCCUCCCCAACCGAGCUGCCCCUUCCUGACAGCACGGAAGAAGCCUCGGACAGGAGCGAUGUGGCAGAAGCUCUGCAGGACCUGCCCGAGGAUGGUUGCGAGGCGGAAGGAGAGCUUCGACUGCCAUCUGCAGACCCAUCGUCCCAAGAGGCGAAGGAAGUCUCGCAGGACAACGCCAAAGCAACGCUGGAAGAUCCGCCGGAGAACGUGCAGGAUGGUUGCGAGGCGGAAGGAGAGCUUCAACUGCCAUCUGCAGACCCAUCGCCCCAUGAGGCGGAGGAAGUCUCGCAGCACAACGCCAGAGCAACGCUGGAAGAUCCGCCGGAGAACGUGCAGGAUUCCGAGAUUGAAGUCCUUGGACCGGCAUUGGCCGAUCCCGAGCGCUUCGACGAGGAGGACUCCGUUGAGGCCGAUGGCGAUGGCGGUGGCGUGGAGCCGGAGGAUGUGAAGGCGCACUUGGCAAAGCGGCGAAAGCGCCUCGCAACGCAACUCUUUGCGGUGCCCGGUCGCAGACGGAGGAUGCUGGCGGAGUCCUGGCCCAAGGACUCCCAUGCCGUGAAUGCCAAGGUCGAGCUGCAUCAGGGACUGAAGCAGGAGGUUCCGAUCAAGAGGGAGGCUGUAAAGCGCGAGCUGGCUGCUUUCCCUUCCGAUCCAAGUAGUGCAGAUGAGCCCCCGGGUGCGCUGCUGAAGCGACGCAGACGAGGUGGUGCCGGUGCAGAGAGAUCCCAGGCUGAUGCAGUCGGCGACAUGACUCCAGGGAAUGCAGGCCGCAUGAUGCAAGGGCUGCCACAUGCUGACCUGCUCCGCUUGGCCGGCCAGCUGGAGCACCGCUACCUGGGCGCCUCCGAGUGGCAGUCUGUGCCAGUGGUUGUGUAA